AUGGAUAAAGAUGGAUUUGUAUUAAUUGUUAAAGGAAGAAAGAAUAAGGCAUUUAAAGGAGAUGAAAAGAAAGAUCUUAAACCAUCACAACUACAAUCGGCAAAUGAUAUCAAACGAGAUAAUCAACUUCGAGAAAAGGAGUUAUCUAAAAGAGUAAACAUGUCUUCUAAUUGGGGUGAUGAUGACGAUGAUAAUAAUGAAAAGAAGAAAAAGAUAACAACAACAAAGAAUAGGAAAAAUAAUAAACUAUUUACAGAAGUUUCAAAAAGAAGAAAAAUAGAAACAAUGAAAAAUACAGAAUUCUUUAAAGAGAUUAUAGAAAAUGAAAAGAUUAAAUCAAUGUUGCAAGAUAGAUUAGAAGAUAUUGUGUGUUAUGGUAUUGGUAACUUUGAAGAAUCUAAAAAAUGUCAAGAACAACUAUCAUUUAUAUUGGCGCUGAAUAGUUUAUUCAAGAUUAGUGGAUCAUUGUUUAUAUAUGAUCCAGUCAUGUCGGAUAUGGAAAUCAACGUAUCUACACUAUUGGGAUUUAAAAUCAUUGAAACGAAUGAACAAUGUAAAAGAUCGGUCAAGUGUCAACCAGAUUGUGAAUCACAACGCUCGACACUAUUCUAUAUGCCAUUUUGUCCGAGAAAGUUAUACGAUAAUGUAUUGUGGGCCAAUUGGUCACCGCAAUCACUUGGUAGAUUGAUAGUGAUUGGUAAUAGUUGGAAUCUAUACAAUGAAUCAUUAAACAAACCAGAUGAAUCAUAUCUACAAUACAGUUAUACAACAAAGGCAUACCAAAACAAACUCUAUCAAGAAAUAUCAUUACCCAACAAUUACCCUACCAAAUUCAUUUUCCAUGAUCUUUCAUUUCACUCUUUUGAAUUGUCAAACCAAAUUACAGACGAUUUAGAUUUAAUUUGGAAAGAUUUUAAUGAACCUCCAACCAUUUCAAAUGAUUCAGAAGUACAAUAA